CAGAUCAACAAAGUAGAGAAACCUGAAUCCUGUGAUAAUGUGAAGGUUGUAGUACGAUGUCGUCCAUUGAACGACCGAGAGAAAGCCAUGGGCAGCAAGAUGGCUGUAAAUGUGGAUGAAAUAAGGGGAACUAUUGCUGUUCACAAAGUAGACUCUAUGAACGAGCCCCCAAAGACUUUUACGUUUGACACAGUUUUUGGACCAGAAAGUAACCAGCUGGAUGUUUACAAUUUAACAGCCAGGCCGAUUAUUGACUCUGUGCUGGAAGGCUACAAUGGUACUAUAUUUGCAUAUGGACAGACAGGCACUGGUAAAACAUUCACAAUGGAAGGUGUUCGAGCGGUUCCGGAGCUCAGAGGAAUCAUCCCUAAUUCAUUUGCUCACAUCUUUGGUCAUAUUGCUAAAGCAGAAGGAGACACAAGGUUUUUGGUCAGAGUGUCUUAUUUGGAGAUUUAUAAUGAGGAAGUACGGGACUUGCUUGGUAAAGACCAGACACAGAGACUGGAGGUUAAAGAGAGACCUGAUGUGGGCGUUUACAUCAAGGAUUUAUCGGGUUAUGUAGUAAACAAUGCAGAUGAUAUGGACCGGAUUAUGACUUUGGGACAUAAAAAUCGGUCUGUUGGAGCCACAAACAUGAAUGAGCACAGUUCUCGUUCACAUGCAAUCUUCACUAUCACUAUAGAGUGCAGUGAGAAGGGAGGUGAUGGCAAUAUGCACGUAACGAAUGGGAAAACUGCAUCUAGUAGAUCUUGCGGGUUCUGAGAGACAAGCAAAGACAGGAGCAACCGGACAAAGACUGAAAGAAGCAACAAAAAUUAAUUUGUCCCUUUCCACGCUGGGAAAUGUCAUCUCCGCUCUAGUUGAUGGGAAGAGCACUCAUGUACCAUAUAGAAACUCCAAACUUACCCGACUGUUACAGGAUUCACUGGGAGGGAAUUCCAAGACAAUGAUGUGCGCAAACAUCGGUCCUGCAGAUUACAACUAUGAUGAGACAAUCAGCACCCUCCGUUAUGCAAACCGAGCAAAAAAUAUCAAGAAUAAGGCCAGAAUCAAUGAAGAUCCCAAAGAUGCACUUUUGCGCCAGUUUCAGAAAGAAAUUGAAGAACUCAAAAGGAAACUUGAGGAAGGAGAGGAAAUUUCUGGUUCUGAAGAGAGUGGAUCAGAUGAGGAUGAUGAUGAAGAUGGAGAAAUUGGCGAGGAUGGAGAAAAGAAAAAAAGACGAAGAGGCAGUAGCAGCAGUAGCAACUCAGACUCCACAGUGAUAGAGAGACCAGUGGAUAAGAAGUUACCUAGUGAGUGGCAGGCAAGAAAAAGGUAUCCCCUGAUAAAAUGGCAGAAAUGCAAGCACGGAUUGAUGAAGAAAGGAAGGCUCUUGAAGCAAAACUUGAUAUGGAGGAAGAAGAAAGGAAUAAAGCGAGAGCAGAACUGGAGAAGAGAGAGAAAGACCUGCUAAAAGCACAACUAGAACAUCAGUCCCUUCUAGAGAAACUUUCUGCUUUGGAGAAGAAGGUCAUCGUUGGUGGGGUGGAUUUAUUGGCCAAAGCAGAGGAACAAGAACGGCUUUUAGAAGAAUCAAAUGCUGAACUUGAGGAACGCAGAAGGAGAGCAGAGAAGCUUCGCAGGGAACUAGAGGAGAAGGAGCAAGAACGCUUAGAUAUUGAAGAAAAGUACACAAGCUUACAGGAGGAGGCCCAGGGGUAAAACCAAAAAGUUGAAAAAAGUGUGGACCAUGCUGAUGGCAGCCAAGUCUGAGAUGGCUGAUCUGCAGCAAGAGCACCAAAGAGAAAUAGAAGGGCUGUUGGAGAACAUCAGGCAGCUUAGUCGAGAGCUUCGUCUUCAAAUGAUCAUUAUUGAUAAUUUUAUUCCCCAAGAGUAUCAGGUAA